GCCGUGCGGGUAGCGUAUUGGUGCUGCGGUUCCUACUCUUCCUCUGCACUAUGUUGUGUGAAUUUGAAAAUGGUAAUUUCAAAGGAUCGUAAGAGUGAAAAAUCUAUAAAAUGUAGGACCCGGACGAAUCUUUUCCUUCCAUGGCAUUAAUGGACCUUGUGAACGUAUGAACAUGCCAUGACGCUGAAGAUAAAAGUUCAGAUGUGUUUCAGUGUAUGUAAUGAAAUGAAGUCCUUCCAAGCAAUGUUGUAUUUUGCGUCCUGGUGUGUCGUUUCCUGUCUCGUUCGACAAGGAGCGUCGUCACCGGCAUCGUCGCUCUCGUCCAACCUGCCGUCCUCACCGUCACAGCCUACACUACCCUCGUCGCCCAAAGAACGCUCAACACGAUCUCCUCUACCAUUAUCGCUUCGUGUCACAACUCGACCGUCCGACUUGCCCACGCCGCCUCCGCCCCCCCUCCCGGCCGCACCCACGGGCCGUCCUCCACCGCAGGAGAGCCCACGUAGCACCUCUGCGAAAAAAAUCGCUGAGAUAUCCUCAAUAAAAGAGAAAAAACCCAAGCAGCCUUUUCCUGCUGCCUCGGAUACUGCAGGUCACAAGUCGAUCAGUGUCAGCAAUAAAGUUCAACGCAGAAAUGUCAGUGACUCCAAGAAAGUCCCCGAGCCCGCGUCAAGUGCUGAAAUUUUGGGUGCAGUAAACAGUACGGGCGUCACGAUCUGGCUGGACGAUCAUCUGAGAUACGCGAGCAGCGAAAACAUGUUUAAAGGGAACAAAACAAAGUACCACGCCGGGAUACACGCGGUGGUCCUGCACCAACACCGCUUCACCGUCCUGCAGAAGGAGCAGUUCUUCACCUGGCAGCCCGCAGCUCACAGGAUGCUGACCAAGAUGCUCAAGCAUAUGCAGUUCGGAAGAAUCUUGAUUCUUGUAGGCGUGCCCGACUUCACGCCGUGGUUCCGAGCGGACGCAACCAAGGCGGUCGUGAGUCUGGGGGCGCGACUCGGCUCCCUGGCGACCCGGGGCGAAACGUGGGUCAUGGUGACGCUCAAGGGCCAGCCGCCCAUCAUGGAGACCCUCGUCACCUGCAAGAACGCCUCCCUGUCUCACACUUCUCCCAUCACGUUCUCUGCGACGGUCCCGAGGUCUCCAGAACGAGUGUGUCCGUGGCACAGCGACCCCGACAUGGCGAUGCGCGCUGAGUUCUGCGAGCAGUACGAGGGCUACGCUGACUUCUGCAGAUGCAAAGACCCGCUUCGGUUGGACCCGAAAAUGGCUAUGAGCUUCCAGCCGCCUCUCAAAAUGCGUGAAGUCAUCCCCGUUGCCAUGGUAACGGCCAAGCGUCUCCCGAUGGUGCUAAGACAGGUGAUCAAGAUAUGGCAGAAUCCAGGCGGCGCAGACACUCCCCUCGUUAUCUUCGUGGACGGCCACAACCCUGAGGCUGAGAAGCUCGGCAAGAUACUCAAUAUCACCGUCGUCUUUCAUGACAACCCCGCUCCUAUUGGUUCAAUACACCGAGUGAAUCAACACAUCAAGUUCUCCCUUGAUAAGGUCUUCAAAAUGUAUCCUGAGUCUGACAAGGCCAUCAUUCUUGAGGAUGACCUUAAUCUCGCGCCGGACUUUAUUAGUUACUUCCACCAGACGGCGCUUUUAAUGAGAUUCGACGAAACAGUCUCGAUCGUCAACGCAUACAACUACAACGCAUACCAACACACCGCCUCGGACCCGGCCAGAAUAUACCGCGUUCAGUCUUACCCAUACUACGGGUGGAUGACACGAAGGAGUGUGGCCGAGACGAUGGUCAAAAACUGGGCGCCCAUGGAUUUGGCUGCAGACUGGGACCUGUACAUCAGGAAGUACCACGUGAACAUGUGCCACCAGGUCAUCAUCCCAGAGAUCCCCCGCACCAAGCACGAAGGAGGCGGCGGAGUUCACGUCUCGGGAAACGAACAGGAGACGUCCUUCCAGCAGCGGCCACUCAACACCCAGCGGGACGUCCAGUUGAAUAUGAUUCGGUUGUGGGAGAUCGCUUACGGGAUCGACAUGAGGACGAAGAUCGAUCAGGCCCGCGUGGUGAACAUUACCGAGCACCCAUGUGACAAGAAACCCAUUCCGAAAUACAAGAAUGAGACCUACGUCAUCUAUGUAAAUCUUACCGGUGAAGACGACUACGAGAGGUCUUAUCAUGUUCUAGGCAAGUGCAUGGGCUUCUACUACCCUUACCUCUACGAAAACUACCACGGCACUUUCUCCUUGAAGUUCUUCAAGACGCCUUUCAUCAUCGUGUCGUGCCCGGCGUCAGCUUAUUGCUGGAACGUGGACCCGAGUGUGAUCUACCACCCGACCAAGGAGGACCUCGACUACGCCACGAAACACGCGUGGAGGCACUCGUAUGCCAAGGGCGAGUACUCCUUGCGCGUCCCUGCCCUCACGCCCGAGGAGGAAUUCAACCUUGAUAACGUUCUCUUUACUUACUUUCCGGUUCAGGAGUGAUUCUUUUUAUAGUCUUCGAGAUUGCCUUACGUGUUUUGAUUUACAUUUAUAAUUUAUUAUUUGUUUGUUGGUUAAAUCAUUUGUAUUUCGAGUUUUAUUUUCGGUAAUGGUCUUUGAGAAUUACGGUUUGGCAUUUACUGUAGUUCUUGAGAUAUGUAUUUUGAAUUUAAGCAUAAAAUUGCAAUAACCUGUGAAAGCAUUUCUAAACUUGACAUACAUCUGUGUUAGAGAUUGUAACACUUGGUCACAUUCAGUCAUUUUAUCCAUAAAUAGAUUACAUAUAGGCACGUAAGUUUUGGUCAACAUAUUAUUCAGUGCGAAUUCAU